AUGAUGAAGGAAUAUAAAUUAGUCGUUGUUGGUGGUGGUGGUGUUGGUAAAUCUGCAUUAACAAUUCAAUUGGUCCAGUCGCACUUUGUUGAUGAGUACGACCCAACUAUUGAAGACUCUUACCGUAAACCAUGUACCAUUGACGAUGAACAAGUCUUGUUGGAUGUCUUGGAUACUGCUGGUCAAGAAGAAUAUUCAGCAAUGAGAGAACAAUAUAUGAGAACCGGUGAAGGGUUUUUAUUGGUUUACUCAAUUAAUUCCAAGAACUCCUUGGAAGAAUUGCAAUCGUUCUACGAACAAAUUCAAAGAGUCAAGGACUCAGACAUCGUCCCAGUCUUGGUUGUUGGUAACAAGUGCGAUUUAGAAACUGAAAGACAAGUUAGUUUCGAAGAAGGUGCUGCCUUAGCCAAAUCAUUCCAUGCUCCAUUCUUGGAAACUUCAGCAAAGCAAAGAAUUAAUGUUGAAGAAGCUUUCUACGGGUUAGUUAGAGGAAUUAGAGAUGCUGAUAAGAUUGAAGAGAAGGCCGCAAAUGGCAAUGCUAACGGUUCAGUGGCUGCUGCUGCUCCUGCUGCUCCUGCUGCUGCCGUUCCAGCUGCUAGCACUGGUGCCACAUCUUCCAUUGACGCUAAUGCUUCUGAAUCUAAGCAAGCUGACGUGAUACAAGAUGAUGCUGAUAAGUCCUCAAAACCUGCCUCUGCUCCAGCUGCUCAAAGCAAUGCUCCUUCCUCAGCUCCAAAUACCGCCUCCACUCCAGUUACAAAGAGACCUGCUACUACCACUACAAAGCCUUCUUCCGGUGCUGGUGCCGAAAAGGAAAAAGCUGGAUGUUGUGUAAUUGUUUAA